GUUUGAAGUUCGACUCGCCGUUUGUUGUCGUUCGAGUUCGAGCGACGAACAAAGCAGCAGCUGGGGAAUUCUCCGAGCCGGUUGCCCUGGAAACCAGAGCAUUCUCCUUUGGUUUCGACGAGGCGACGGCGCACGCCGACCUCCGGGUUCACGGCGAUACAGUCACCUGGGAGCCACAAGGGGUCAGAGGUCACGACCCCCGCCUCAGAAGCAAAGAGAAGAGCAGGAGCUCCACGCCGUCGCCCAGCAAGACGGCCGGUGGGCGUGCUGGACGCGAGCGCUUCGCGGGGGAGGCCUACACUGUGCUUGGUAGGGCUGGGGCUGAGGCGGAGCGGCCGACCUGUGAUAAUCUCACAGGUAACCAGGAGGUGUGUGGUGGCUGCCACUACUGGGAGCUCCGCCCCUCGUCUGAUUGGAAAUCUUUCAGUGUGGGUGUGGCCUACCGGGGAAGCCUGGGUCGCUACGAGCAGUUAGGGAAGAGCUCCGCCUCCUGGUGUCUGUUUGCCAGCCAAUGGCUGCAGACCGCGCUCGCUGCCAAGCACAACAACCGAGCCAGGUCGCUGGAAUGGCCGCUGCCGCAGAGGAUCGGGAUUUACUGCGACUAUGAUAACGCGACGUGCAGCGACUUUGUCUUCUUCAUGCUUUCAAAGCAAAGUUCCAGCAGCCGCUCGUUCCAGCCUUCACUUUGUGGUGUGGAACCAUUGCAGUCACAUCGGGCCUGCAGGUGCCGAGCUUCAUGUCCAGCCUUCUGAGCACCAAUCGGAGCUUGAGCAGCCUGUCACAUGACCAGCCGUCGGUGGAGAGUGAUGUCAGAGAAUAACUGCUGAUCCCUCCAGAGAAUUCACUGAUGUGUUCAGUCAAUUUGUUAUUGUUGUCUUGACCUGAAGAUCAGUUCAGGGUUCCUCUGUCCGUUCUGUUUUAUAACACCUGGACAGGUUAGGCCUAGAAAUCCCCUGUACAGGUGAGUGUUGAGUUACCUGUGGCGCCGUUCACCUGUGAAACAUGAAUAAAUGCUUCCUAAAGCCUCCAGGGGGGCUCACCAGCAUCAUGAUGGACCUGAGAGCCGGUUCUGUGUGGGUCGGAUCCAGAAGCAGAACCGGCUCCAAGUGAUCCACCAUGACGAGGUUACUUCACCUUGAACCAACCAGAGGGGGCGUGGCUUCAUUGGGGGGUAAUCUACUCAGAAUUUAGUGGUUUUGAGAAUCUGAUCUGAUCUCUACUUCCUGUUCAGACUGUGACGAGUUUAGAUUUUGUUCCUCACAUACAUGUUUAUGUUUCACAGUAGAUGGAUUCAUUUAAUCCAAUGUUAAUCCAAGUAGAUCUGCUGCAGAACCAGACGUAUGACACUUUAUUUUGAAAGGACAUUAUUUACUUUGCUGUUUAAAUUGUUGUAAAUAAAAAAAAUUAAACUUAUUAUGAAUAUUUAAAGGUCAAUUUUACCACUGAACGACUUCAAACUAAUAAAACCUUCUGAACGGUA